AUGCCGGACACGACGAGGGAGGAGUGCAGUGUGGACAGGUGGAAGAAGGUCAACGCUGUAUGGGGAGGAAACGGGACCCGAGAAACGGUUUCCGUUGGAUCAGUGCCGGGCCUGGUCGCGUAUCAAGAUCGAUGGAAAACGAGCGUCGGAACUACAAGAGCAGACGAUGGGCGUGCUGGACGACGGACGGAGACGAAGCGUUGUCGAGCUGGCGAGAAUGCAGGCGAGGGCUUGGAUACAAUUGGCACUGCGAUAGCUGGCGAGUAUAGAGCGGAUGCGACGUGGGAGGCUGGGCGAAUAGAGGCGAACCCGUCGAUAGAGUUUGCUGGCUGGUAUUUGGUCGCGGAGCAGCCAAACAGACAGAGCGAUCGGGGCGCAACCCGCGGCAAAGUGCCUGGAGGGUACUGGGGCAAUUUGGGACGAUGCACACCCAGCUCUGUGAGGAGUCGAGAAGGUGGUGGUGGUACUUAUGCAGUGGAGUGUGACGGGCCCGAGGCACUUGUAAGGUUGACGAUUGAUUGCUGGGGAUGGGAGGAUGGGAUGCGAAUGAUGGUUCACGUGUUGGGCGUGGGAGGACGCCUGACUGUUCGAUUGGCCGGCGGUACAGGGCUUCGGGGGCCCAAGCCUGCCCCUACGUAA